AUGUCUAGGGACUUGGCCUUCUUGCAAAGCUUAACGUUCGAUCAACACGUGGAUAGAUAUCGUUCGAUUUUAGGAGCUCACAAAGACACAUUGAGAUGGGUUGUGAAAGCUGAAAGCAAAGGACAACAGCUUCUGACUUGGUUUCGUGAAGGUCAAGGCGUAUUUUGGGUCACUGGCAAACCGGGAUCUGGCAAGUCCACUCUGAUGAAGUUCAUCGUCGACAAUCCGCGAACAAUGAAACUGUUGAAGCAAUGGGCUGGCCCUUCCCACCAAAUUGUCAUCGCCAGUCACUACUUCUGGUAUGCAGGCACUCCUAUGCAAAAGUCCCACGAGGGAUUGCUCAGAGUGCUGCUCUACGGUAUAUUCAAACAAUGUCCGAAUUUGAUCCAGGAGAUAUGCCGAUCGCGAUGGGAUCAAGCUGAGGCAGCAACAGUCUGGUCUCUGGAAGAACUUCAAGGCGUUGUUCAGUCUCUUGCCAGCCAUCCACCAGCUCAUUUGAAGUUCUGCCUCUUUAUCGAUGGCCUGGACGAGUACGCGGGUGACCACGAGGAGAUUGCCAAAAUCUUGAAUGACUUGGCUGCAUCAUCACGCAGUAUCAAACUCUGCAUCUCGAGUCGGCCAUGGAAUGAAUUCAACAUGACGUUCGGACGAAGCACUGAAAGACUUGUUUUACACGAGCUAACUGAGAACGACAUUAGAGCAUAUACGACAAGCCGGCUCUCCAACCAUCAAAUGUGGAAUGUCGUUUCGGCACGGAACCCACAGACGAAGAGUCUCAUACAAUUGAUCGUUGAAAGGGCAGAAGGUGUUUUCCUCUGGGUUUUCCUCGUCACCAACCUUCUUCGCAAUGGCCUCAGCAAUCAUGACAGCAUUACAGACCUAUAUCGGCGGGUCGAGAGCUUUCCACCGGAUCUCGAAAGGUUCUUCACACAAACCUUAGAGAGCGUUGAUCCUUUCUACCACAAAAAAAUGUCGGCUGCGUUAAAUAUGGCGUUACAUGCGCCGGAACCUCAAAAUCUCUCUGUGUACGCCUUUCUCGAACAGGAAUGCGAAGAUCCAAGUUACGCACUCAGUUCUUCCCCUCCAGUCGAGAAAGACGUUCAUCAGCAGCAUGAGGACAUGAAAUAUCGUCUCAAUGGGUGGUGCAAAGGUCUACUCGAAGUUCAUGGAGAGAACGUGCAUGUGUUGCACCAAACUGUUGCGGACUUUUUCAAAACGGCAAAAAUGACACGUUUUCUCGAUGACAAGAUUCCUUCCGGAUUUUCCGUCCGGCUGUCUUUGGUGAAGGCAUGUUUGGCCUUGGUCAAG